ACGGCCCGGGACGGCCGGGGCACGGCGGCGGCGGCGGCGGCGGUGGGAGCGGGCACCGCCGCGGGCCGCGCCGACGCCUCCGCCUGACCCCCGUCCUGCCCGCCGUGCCCGUGUCACCCCGCCCGAGGUGUCACCAUGCUUGUCAAGGAGUACCGCAUCUGCAUGCCGCUCACCACCGAGGAGUACCGCGUGGGGCAGCUCUACACCAUCAGCAAGCACAGCCACCAGGAGAGCGAGAAGGGCGAGGGCGUGGAGGUGGUGAAGAACGAGCCCCACGAGGACCCCGUGCACGGCCCCGGGCAGUUCACAGAGAAGCGAGUCCACCUCUCCAGCAAACUGCCUAGCUGGGCACGGGCAGUGACCCCCCGCAUCUUCUACAUCACCGAGAAGGCCUGGAACUACUACCCCUACACCAUCACGGAGUAUACGGUAAGGAGCUGGCAUGGGAUGACCUGUGCCCUCUCCCAGCAGUGCUCCUUCCUGCCCAAGUUCUCCAUCUACAUCGAGACCAAGUACGAGGACAACUGUGGGGACAGUGAGAAUAUCUUCCACAGUGACAAAAUCCUGGGUGACCAUGAGGUCUCUUUCCUGGACAUCGCCUUUGAUGAGAUCCCAGAGCGCUACUACCGCAGCCUGGAGGACCCCCGUUUCUUCAGCUCGGCCAAGACGGGCCGGGGGCCGCUGCGGGAGGGCUGGCGCCAGCACACCAAGCCCAUCAUGUGCUCCUACAAACUGGUGAGCGUCAAGUUCGAGGUGUGGGGGCUGCAGACGCGGGUGGAGCAGUUCGUGCACAAGGUGAUCCGGGACAUCCUGCUGAUCGGGCACCGGCAGGCUUUCGCCUGGGUGGACGAGUGGUGCGGGAUGACGAUGGAGGAGGUGCGGCGCUACGAGCAGGAGACGCAGGAGGCCACCAACGAGCUCAUCGGCCUGGUGGCACCGGCCAUCUCGGUCAGCGAGGUGGAGCAGCCCACGGCCACGCACUCGGCCCCUGCCAGCGCCCCCUCCACCCCCCUCAGCGACGAGGCCCCCGAGUUCCUGGCUCCCCCCAAGACUCGCCCGCGGAAGAAGUCGGCGCCGGAGACCCUGACGCUGCCCGCGCUGCGGGAACGCGCUGGCGCCGAGUGACAACGGCAGUGCCACUCCGUGCCGGACUGUGCCAGCUCUGCCGCCCACCCCGGCCCCGCCGACAGGUGCAGAGCCCAGGGAGGGACCCGGACCCGCUGUCAGGGCGCUGGCAGCCCUGGAGUGUGCUGGCCUCCCUGAGCCACCGUGGGUACCCACACGGCUCAGUGCCACCACUGCUAUGCCAGACCAGCUGGCUGCACCAGGAGGGGACGCCAGGCCAGCGCGGGUCCCGGCAGCGUCGGGCGAUGCCGCAGAGCUGCUUCCCUCGACUCCACCCGCCCCGGUGUCCGCAAGGGCCACCGAGGCUGGCGAGCAGUGGGGAGGCCCCAGCUGGCACCCAUUUGCCGUGGCCGGGCUGGUGGCCGGUGCCAGGCUGGAGCAGUGCCCUGCAGGGUAGGCACCAGCGUGGGGGCACAGUGAGGGUGACAGUGACAGCCCAAGCACUGGGCUGGGGCUCCCCACGGGACUCCAAGGGGCUGCAGAGCCCCGUGCACAGCUGGUCCUGCAGUCAGGGUCCCCUUCGCUGUCCCUCCAGAGGCCGUGGCAGCUCGAGGGGGCCUGGGGUGGGCUCAGCCCCUCGUUUUCUUUAGGAAAACAAAGGCCUUUUUGGAAAUAAAGCUCGAGACACGGCA